CCAAAUUAAGAAUGUUGGUUUGAAUGGUCGUUGACAUGUCCUCUUUCAGUCAACUGUUAGUUCUACCUUAUCCUUAUUCCCUCCAAACUCAUCACAUCACUCCCAACAAACACCAUCCACCUCCCUCUGCCGCCACUACCACCACUAUCACCACCGUCGCUACAGAACCCCGUUCUCCUUCCGUAUGGAUCGACCACCUUCGCUCUCAAGCCCAAUCCCCCUCCUCCUUUCACCAAGCCAUCUCCACAUACAUCAACAUGGUCACCGCCGGCGUUCCUCCAGACAACUUCGCUUUCCCCGCCGUACUAAAAGCUACAGCCGGCAUCCAAGACCUGAACCUCGGCAAACAGCUCCAUGCCCAUGUCUUUAAAUUCGGCCAAGCUCUCCCUACCGCCGUCCCCAACUCCCUUGUCAAUAUGUAUGGCAAAUGUGGUGACAUUGACUCCGCACGCCACGUGUUCGAUGAAAUUUCCAACCGAGACGAUGUUUCUUGGAACUCCAUGAUCAACGCCGCGUGUCGGUUUGAGGAAUGGGAGCUUUCGGUUCACCUUUUCCGGUCAAUGUUGUUGGAGAAUGUGAGACCCACUUCGUUCACAUUGGUCAGUGUAGCUCACGCUUGUUCCAAUCUGCGUAAUGGAUUGUUACUUGGGAAGCAAGUUCAUGCUUUUAUGUUGAGGAAUGGUGAUUGGAGAACUUACACUAACAAUGCUUUGGUAACAAUGUAUGCUAAAUUAGGUAGAAUUUAUGAAGCUAAGGCUUUGUUUGAUGUGUUUGAUGACAAAGAUUUGGUAUCCUGGAACACUAUUAUUAGUUCUCUUUCUCAAAAUGAUAGAUUUGAGGAAGCAUUGUUGUAUUUACAUGCUAUGCUUCAAAGUGGUGUUAGGCCUGAUGGGGUUACCUUGGCAAGUGCUUUGCCUGCAUGUUCUCAUUUAGAAAUGUUGAAUUGGGGAAAAGAGAUACAUUCUUUUGUAUUGAAGAACAGUGAUUUGAUUGAGAAUUCUUUUGUUGGUAGUGCUUUGGUUGACAUGUAUUGUAAUUGCAAGCAACCUGAAAAAGGUAGGUUGGUUUUUGAAGGGAACGUUAGGAGGGCGGUUGCGGUUUGGAAUGCCAUGAUUGCUGGUUAUGUGCGAAAUGAGUUUGAUUAUGAGGCUAUAGAACUUUUUGUUGAGAUGGCUUUUGAGUUGGGUUUGAGUCCGAAUUCCGUGACUUUUGCGGGUGUUUUGCCUGCUUGUGUGCGGUGCGAAGCGUUCUUGGACAAAGAAGGGAUUCAUGGUUGUGUAGUGAAAUGGGGUUUUGAGAAGGAUAAGUAUGUGCAAAAUGCACUAAUGGACAUGUAUUCUAGAAUGGGUAGAGUAGAGAUUUCAAGGAGUAUAUUUGGAAGCAUGAAUAGAAGAGAUAUAGUAUCUUGGAACACAAUGAUUACUGGUUAUGUUGUUUGUGGGCGCCACGAUGAUGCACUUAAUCUUCUGCAUGACAUGCAGAGAAGUCCAGAAGAAGAUAGGAUUAACACAUUUGAUGAUUGUGAGGAUAAUGAAAGCGUUCCACUUAAGCCGAAUUCGGUGACUUUAAUGACUGUGCUUCCUGGCUGUGCUGCCUUGGCUGCACUUGGGAAAGGGAAAGAGAUUCAUGCUUAUGCUGUUAAGCAAAUGCUGGCAACGGAUGUGGCUGUUGGAAGUGCAUUAGUUGACAUGUAUGCAAAAUGUGGUUGCUUGAACUUAUCUAGGAUAGUAUUUGAGCAAAUGUCUAUCAGAAAUGUUAUUACUUGGAAUGUUCUUAUCAUGGCUUACGGGAUGCAUGGGAAAGGGGAAGAAGCUUUGGAGCUUUUUAGAAGAAUGGAAACAGAAGGAGACAACAAUAGGGAAAUAAGGCCUAAUGAAGUGACCUAUAUUGCUAUUUUCGCUUCUCUUAGUCACUCUGGAAUGGUGGAUGAAGGACUUAAUUUAUUCCAUACAAUGAAAGCUAAACAUGGGAUUGAACCAACAUCUGACCAUUAUGCUUGUCUUGUGGACUUGCUCGGCCGGUCAGGCCGGAUCGAAGAGGCGUAUAAGCUGAUCAAGACAAUACCAUCCUUUAUGAACAAAGUAGAUGCAUGGAGCAGCUUGCUAGGUGCCUGCAAGAUCCACCAGAAUAUCGAAAUUGGUGAAAUUGCAGCAAAGAACCUAUUUGUCUUGGAGCCAAAUGUGGCUAGCCAUUAUGUUCUAUUGUCCAACAUUUACUCUUCAGCUGGACUCUGGGACCAGGCAAUGGAUGUUAGGAAGAAAAUGAAAGAAAUGGGAAUAAGAAAAGAACCUGGAUGCAGUUGGAUUGAGCAUGGUGAUGAGGUUCAUAAGUUUAUAGCAGGGGAUGUUUCACAUCCACAAAGUAAAGAGCUUCAUGAAUAUCUUGAAACUCUGUCACAAAGAAUGAAAAAGGAGGGAUAUGUACCUGAUACUUCUUGUGUACUUCACAAUGUUGAUGAGGAAGAGAAAGAAACUAUGCUUUGUGGGCAUAGUGAGAGAUUGGCAAUAGCUUUCGGCCUUUUAAAUACUUCCCCUGGAACUACCAUUAGAGUUGCUAAAAACCUUAGAGUUUGCAAUGACUGCCAUGCUGCCACAAAAUUCAUAUCAAAGAUUGUUGACAGGGAAAUCAUUCUUAGAGAUGUUAGAAGGUUCCAUCAUUUCAAAAAUGGAACUUGCUCUUGUGGGGAUUAUUGGUGAAAAGUGAAUAGUAAAAAAAGUUUAUUCUUUCUAAUCAAUUCACAUAACCCCAUUUUCCUUCUCCUUGAUGGAUGAGAAAUGUACUGUUGCAACUUUAUAGUUACACAAUUUGUAUAACUAACAAUCUGUAUUGAAGCUCAUUUGUAUCCGCUAACGGACUACUUUCCACCCACGUUUUCUAGAAAACCACAUGUUAUAGAAGCCUACUUUCAGACGACAUAAUUUUUCCUGAAGUACACUUUCAGACAACACAAAUUUUUGUUUUUUACGACACCUGAAGUCAUGUUGUAGUGGGGAAAGUUUCUUUUAUCUGUUGAAUCCUUGUUAAACUGUUGCUUCUCUUGGUUCUUUACUCCCAAAGCCCAAUUCUCCAAGCUUUAUUACUACUAUUUAUAUCUGAAAUGAUCUAUAACCAUUUUGCUUGCUCCUUUUGCUUUGCUAUUUUGAAUAAGACUUUUUGAACUUCUAACCUCUGUUAUUGGGUGCAAGCUGCAACACCUUUAGUUCCAAAUCCAACGGCAACAAGUCUCAUAGUUCAGAAUAUAAUAAUAAGCUCAGGCCGGUUUUUGGACCCUAAGCAGGAAAUCAAUGAUUGUCAAAGGAGUAAUUAUUGUGAGAAAAUCCAAAGAUCGUAACUACGAGUUUGUUGAGACAGGGGGUUACAAUGGAGAUGAUUGUCAAUGGAUCGCAGAGUUCAGGGAGGUAGAAUGAUCAACAGACAAGAUUAUUAAAGUUCGACGUAAGAUGUGCGAAGAUGUUAACGUCUGGGUUGUGUUUUAUGCAUCUAUAAAAAGUUUAAGAGAGUAACCCUGGGAAGGAUCUCCAAGAAGCUAGUUAAGUUUUCUUUAGAGACCGUGAUGGUUAGGAAGAAUCUAAAGAAAAGUUUGGAAACAAAAGGAUUGCAAGUAGGUGCUACUUUGCUUGAUACGUUAGGAAGAUGAAACGGAGAAUCAAGAAUCAACAAACAUAUGACAGUCUCUUGACGUCCUGAGUAGAAACGAGAAGUAUGGUCGGAAGCUUUGGUAGUUGAAUUGGUAAAGAGAUUAAGUGUUUGAGUUAUCAUCAAUAAAUGGAUGUAGAUGGUUAAACACUGAGGUAGCUCAAUAUAAGCAAUAAAAGGAAAAGAUGCUGUAGAAUCUCGAGAACGAGUAAGCUCAAAGACGGUUACGACUAAGCUGUUGAAUCUGAAUGGAUGCAAUUAAAAUUAGCCACAUAAGUAAAAAAAAAAAAA